GCUCAUCCGACGCCAUGUGGCCGAGCUGCCGCUCGGUAGUAGCCCUCAUUUCACCACCCUCUUUUCACAAGCUUUCGUCGCUUGGGCUCUGUUCUCCAAGGAAUUAAGUGCCCUGGUCGCUAUCCUCGUCGCCGUUCUUGUGAACGAGGAUGCAGGCGAGAGCGUUUAAGAGAUACGCCAAUCUUCAAGAUGAACGCCAAGAGCGCCAUAGAACACCGCAGUGCCACCAGAAAAAAAGAAGGGUGGCUCCCGAGUACACGCAUCUUUGUACAUGCUGAGAUAAAAUUGGUCUUGUCAGGGCUGCAUGAUAUAUACCCACCUCUUCCAUCGGAGCAGUAGACCAGCAUACCCUUCACCACGAUACCCAGUGAACAAAUGUCUUGCACAACAACUCAACCAUUCAUAUUCAGCCAACUGCCUACCGAACUCCUCCGCGAGAUAUUCGAGUAUGCCGCCUGUGACACCAAGAUGGCUCUUCAGCUCUCCCUGGUAUCGCCCUGGGCGCGCCACUGGAUAGAACCAUUCCUCUAUCAUACUGUCGUGCUGUCUACAGCACCAGCGCUCCGAUCCUUCGUGUACGCGCUCGAACAGAAACAACCGGCUUUCGCACAUGACCGGGUUAAACACCUCGGUAUCUUCGCACAUGGGCCUAUACAGGCCAUCGAGCAUGUCCUUGAUGCAUGCACCGGCAUUGACAGCCUUGCGUGCGGUUUUACAUUAGCGAGUUCCAAACAGUUGUAUCUCCAUGGUACGAUCCAAGCACCUGAUUGCCCAAAAGAGCAGCAUUUGCUCGGGCUUGCGUGUCGCGAUGGUUGGGACACCACUGUCGUAGGACCUGCUGUUACGCGCCUUCGCGUACAUCUUUCAUCGUCACCUAAUGCGCUACCACCGUUCGCUCUGCCAUCGGAUGAUGCAGACAAAGCCGUCGGUUGGGACGUCCUCUCAAACCUUCAAGCCCUCACGCACCUGGCUGUCGUCUACCGCCCUUCACAAUCAUACCCAAUUACAGCCCUAUUCGUAGAUCUCCAACAUCUGCUCCACCCAACAUAUUUAGAUAAGACAAUCGAACGCGCGCAUCCUGAAAUCCAACUCAUUCUGGUGCAAGUCGUGGGAUUGCCCUCAGCCCAAAUGUCUGCUGUGGGCACGCUCAACACGGCUGCACUCGAAGCAGGCGGAUCGUCUCUAAAGAUCGUCGCUGAACGUGCGCCCUCCAGCCCUGUUGUUCAAUGGGAAGACUCCGCCCGUACAGGAAAGAGUGUUUGGCAAGGAGCAGAAGAAGUCGUUAAAGAUCGAGUGACUCAGGAAGCGAAGAGGAAAGUGGACACAGCGCCUAUUUGAACAAAACAUACCUUCACAUGUCGACGCCACAUUCACACCAUGCUCUCUCGGUGUUACUUAUAGCACCUGCGAUUGAUUCUCUAUGUAUGGUAGCGGUGAUGAUAGCUAUUUGCAAGACGAGACUAUUAAUAGGGAUAUACUCGAGAUUCCAGACAGUUCUUGUAAGAAAGCAUACAAUGAGGCAACCGUGUUAUGUGACGACAUAGAAGAAAAGAGACUGCCACCAGGGUGUAGAUGAACAUAUGUGAUCAGGACAGAACAAAACGUAGAAUAAACAACUUUCCUAACA